CCCAGGUUCGUCCACAGGUCCCUGGCAUCUCCUGGAGCCAUGCAGUGAGGAGCUGCCUGUGUCCCAUGAUGAGAUUUUAAUUUUUCUAGCCUUGGGGACUGAAUUUAUUAAGCCUCUCAUGGCCCCUCCUACCGUGGGAGGGACGGCUCCAGCAGCCUCUCUAAUACCGGGUGUCACACAGCGGUGCCACCAUUCGAGUCCCAGAGUGUCACAAGCAAAGGACACAGCAAUCCAAGUGCAGCGGAAAACAAAAAUAGCCCCUCCAUGUGCAUCACGGCAAGGAAAAAGAUGAGAUAACACCUCAGAUGGAGGCCAGUUCCACUUCCACCAGCCUCAAAAAGCUUAAGUUUGGGAAGCUGAAGGUGGUACGUCGGCGCUUGCUACAGAGGUAUGAGCACCAGCCCUUCAUCUCCUGCCUGGCUGGGUUCUACAGCUGCCGGUGGAAGCGGUACCAGCGCCAAAGGACAGAGCCUGGGAAAUGCUGCUGCAAGAUGCGGGAAUGCCUGUUUUUCCCAUUGCUCAUUGGAGCUUUCUGCUUUUCUCUGGUCUUUCUAUACAUGUGGGGUGAAGGGAAAAAUGACUACAACAACUUUGACUGGUAUAACUAUGGGAAUCUGGGCUUCUGGUUUCUCUGGUCUCUUGUUAUCCUUAUACUGGCUUCAAUCUUGUUCACAUACAUCUCACUGUUGCUGGUCCUCGCGAUGUGUUUGCUUGCAGAAGGUCAGCAGCUGUACCUGCACUGGACUCACAAGAUUGGUACGUUUCUUGUCCUGGGCUUCUCUAUUGCGUGCCUCUUUGCAUUAACUGUACUCUGGGGAGAUCACUGGAAAACUGUUCGUCUGUCAUUCCAGAUCACAGCUCCCUAUCUCCAUAUAGGGGCCAUCGCCAUCAUGGUCCUCCUGUCCUGGCCCGUGGCUCUUCAUGCUAUCAGAGCAGAUAAGAAAGUUAUUCAGGUGAUAAUUAUUGGUCCAUACGUGGCUAUCCUUCUCUUUCUUUUCUUGAUACCUCUGGGGAUGUACUCUCCUUGCAUCAGAGAGAUGGGAACACUUGGACCAAAGCCAGCCCUCAUCGGACACCGUGGAGCACCAAUGCUAGCGCCAGAAAACACUGAGAUGUCAUUUCAGAAGACAAUUGAGCAUGGUGGGGAUGGUCUUGAGACAGAUGUCACCAUUAGCUAUGAUGGGGUUCCUUUCCUCAUGCAUGACACCACCUUGAAGAGGACAACUAACAUCAAAGAAGUCUACCCUAAUGACACUGAUCAAAAUGCUGCAUUAUUCUCCUGGGAUACCCUGCAGAAAUUGAAUGCUGGAGCAUGGUUCCUUAAGGACAAACCUUUUUCAUUCAUGGGCUCACUGUCAGAGGCAGAUCAAAACCAGGCAAUGAAUCAGUCCAUUUACAAGCUGAGUAAUUUCUUGCGCCUCGCAGACAGUCACAAUAAACUUGUGAUAUUUGAUCUCUACCGCCCUCCAGAGAAACAUCCUUACAGGAACUUGUGGAUCAGCAGAACCCUGGAAGUCAUUCUCAAGGAGUCAGGGAUUAAACCCCAUCUGGUCCUAUGGCUGAAUAACAACAUGAGGUCGUUUAUUCAAUCUGUCGCUCCUGGGUUUCAGCAUACCUUUGGCAGAAAGGCACCAGUUGAAGACCUCUUAAAGAACAACAUUGUCAAACUCAAUCUGGUCUACACUGAUAUGUCCAGUGAAGAUAUUCGGAAAUAUGCCGAGGCAAACAUCACCACCAACCUCUAUGUGGUCAAUGAGCCAUGGCUUUUCUCCCUGGCAUGGUGCUCGGGGGCACACUCUGUGACCACCAACGCCGUCCACUUGCUGAACGAUCUCAGUGAGCCACUCUUCCUCAUGACUCCACAGCAGUACAACAUCAUGUGGAUCCUGACAGAUCUGACCUCUCUGCUCCUCAUCUCACUCAUCUUUGCUCUGCACUGGUGGCGAGAGCGGAAUUUCUCGUGCUGUGCCCAGGACAGUAACCCGGUGCUAGAGAGCGGCACCUACAACAAGUUCAGGACAGAGCUCAGUGACAUGCCUGCUGUCCUGACCUGACAUGGGCAGAGAGGGGACGCGGACCUGACAUCCCAGUGAGACUGGGGAGACCAGCUGUGGGGGCUCAGAUCUACCUGAUGAGGAGGAUCCAUUUGCCUUCAAGACUGCUGGAGAUGAGCAUCAGUCUUCCUCUCCUACAGCUUUUAUCAGAUUCCUGUGCCUGGCAGGGAUCCCUGGGGUGUAGGAGAGCACAGGUGGAGCUGCAGCCAUGAAGAAAUUCUGUGCCAUGGUGAGAUGCAACAACUACAUGGGAGUCACUAUUUACCCUUUGAAACCAUUGGCAUCCCACAGGGCAAUCAGUCCUGCCAUGUGUAAGCCCUCGUUUCCAGAGCUGUGUUUUAUACAUGCUGCAAACAUCUGAGCAUCCUGCAAACAUCUGAGCAUCCUGCAGUUCUCCGCAUUCACAGCUGCCCAGGUUUCUCCUGUCAGAUCGGCCUCUUCUCCACACACUACCUCCCUCCCUCUCUCCCUCCUUGCAGGUCUCCUCCACCCCCAAGAGCACACUCACCCCACCACGAUGGUCAGGCGCUGCUGUCUGGGUGUUAAUAGGAUCUGUACCCUUCUAUAAUGCAGGCAGUGGCAUCUUUGGUUUUCCUUUUCUUCACUCUGGCCCUGCCACAGACCCUAACAAGGACAGUCUCUUCCCCUUGGCUGUGGGUGAGGGCAUAACUUUCCCAUGGCGGGUGAAGGACUUCUUGGUGCCUUGGCCAGGUAGCCACUGAGACUACGACACACCACUUUUGUUCAGAAGGAUUGAGCUGCGCGUGAACUGGUACCAUCAAGUGUCCUGUUUGCUUUUCCCUUGGGAAGGCCUGUAUACCUGUACAACACCCCAGGAUUUAUCUGGAUUUGCAUUUCUCCCAGCGGCUGCUGGCACACAGUGGGGAGGGGAGUCCAUGCCUUGCUCUGUAAGUGGGAUGUAAGCAUCUCUCAGGUUUAAGCCAUAACUUUCUACUUGAACAGAUAAUAAGGAUACAUUUUUUGUAAAUUGUAAGUGCUGUUUUAAAUACAUUUUAGCUCUCCUAUCCUGUUCUGUUCUUAUUUUGCAAGCUGGGAAAGAAAAUAC